CGCGAGCGCAGUGCUUGACGCGACUAGGUUAUGAGCACACGUGGCGUUGGAUUAUUGCGUUAAGAAUAUUAAUUUACCAUUAUGAUCGGGCCAGUGAACGUAACGGAGCUAAGUGCAAGUGCUUUCAAGCAGUUUUUGGACUCUUUUGACCAUGUAUUCUCGGACUGUGACGGAGUCAUAUGGACCAACAACACCCUGCCGGGUUCAGGGGAGUUCUUCGAGAAAAUCAAGCAACAUGGGAAAUCAGUGCACUAUGUAUCAAACAACAGCUUGAGAACACAAGAAAAUUACGAGGGGAAAUUCAAGGCUGCUGGUAUUGAAAAUGGUUUCGAAAAAUUGACAAUUCCAUCCACGGCGAUAGCAGAAUACCUGAAAUCGAUCAAGUUCUCAAAGAAAGUGUACUGCGUCGCAUGUCCUCAGACGAUCAAAAUUCUAGAAGCAAAUGGAUUCGAAUGCGUUGAAGGCCCAGAAUCAGUAAAAGGCUACGAAGAUUAUCUGAAGAGCCUGGACGGUGACCCUGACGUGGGUGCCGUGGUCUUCGACAGCGACUUCAGGAUCAACCUGAUAAAACUGUCAACCGCCAUCAUCCACCUUCGGAGACCUGACGUCAUCUUCCUGAAUGGAGCUUCAGACAGAUACUUGCCUGUUAAGCCUGGACAUUUGGCUCUCGGUACCGGACCAUUCAACGACAUAGUGAUUGAAGAGUCGAAACGAGAGCCUAUCCAGCUGGGGAAACCAGGGAAGAUCUUUGGAGAGUUCGCCAUGAAGAGGGCCGGCUUUACUGAUCCUAGUCGAAUACUCUUCAUUGGAGACAUGAUUGAACAAGACGUGGGCUUAGGCAAGAACUGUGGCUUCAAAACGCUUCUAGUGCUGACCAGCAACACCGAAGAAGAUAUGAUGGCCAGCAACAUUAAACCCGAUUACUAUGCGGAGACCUUAGGGAGUCUUGUACCUUUACUGUGAAUUGUCUUUAAUCGUUAUUUUUUAAGUUAUAAAUUCGAUAUCUGCAAAGAGCUGUAUGAUUAAUGUGCUUAAAAAGAUGUAAGUAAAUGAUUAUGAUCGUGACUUACGCCCGCAUUCACAAAUAUUACAAUGAGGUCUCACAGUGCGCGUGGACGCACAGGGUGACACACGAAUCGAUCACAGAGCUCUAUUCAACGCUGUGCGUUCGAAUUGCUGCUUUACUUAAGCAAGCAUCGUUUGUGAAUACGGGUAUUAAAAUGGCACAAAACAAAGCUUUGAGUAAGUAUGUUUUUUAAUUGUCAUAAAUAUUGUAUGGAAUUUUAUACGUAUCUAUUACAACAUUAUUUUGUACUUAAUGAUUUCCAGAUGUUACAACGUAAUGAAACCAAAGGCUUACAAUAUUUUGUUAGGAUUUCCAGUGAAUAUUUUUGUAUGAUGAUUAAAUGUGUGUAUUAAAGAA